AUGGUAAAUGAAGAGUUCGAAAAAAGUAAAGGAGAACCCAUGAAUCCCGAUGCUAACGCUAAUUUUUCAAUCGAAUUUGAACAAUUUAAAAGAAAUGAUCAAACGAAGAGAGGCUUUUUGUUAAGGGAUGAUUUGAAAACGACUUUAUAUAUUCCCAAAUUUAAUGAUGUGACUAUCAAGUGUCAAGAUGGAAUAAUACUUUACACGUCGAAAGCAAUUUUAGCAAGCCGUAGUAAAUAUUUUUAUUUUAUAAUUGAUAAAGGAUAUUAUGAUGAACGUAAUAAUCAAAUAGAAUUUGAAGAUAUUGAAUCUAAAGAAAUGAAGAGUGUUUUAGAAUAUUUGUACACGGGUGAUAUUAAUACUGAUGAUAUUAUGUUGAUGAUAGAUACUUAUUAUGCAUCUAUUAGACUUGAGAUAGAGAAUUUACAAGAAAGAAUAAUUAGAUUCUUUGAUAAAAAAUUGAGAAAUGAGAUUUUCAUGACCGUUAAAGAUUUAAUUUUUCAAUUAUUCACAAAAUCAAUUGAUAAAUUCGCUAAAUCAAGGUUUGAUAAUAAAUUAAUAGAUUUAAUUAAUUCUUUUAUUUCUAGAAUAGAUUUAUAUUCCUAUCCUAGCAUCAGUGAUGAUGAUGAUAAUUUGAUAUUGGAUGAAACUAAUUUUGAGAAUAAAUCAUUUUUAAAUGACUCAAGAUUUACAAAUUUAAUUUCCAAAGAAGAAAAAAUUAAGGAUCAACUUAAAAUUUUAUUAUCAUCAGUUUACUUGGAAUUGGUCAAGUUGGAUGAUCUAAUCAAAUAUAUUGAGGGUUUAAAUAUUUUCACAGUAGAGCAAUUAUCUGAAGCCUAUAAACAAUUUGCAAUCAACAAAAAUAUCGAUGUGGAGAUUCGCGGUACUCCAUAUUUCAGAUGGAAAUCGCCUAAUCGCAAAGUUUUCAAAAUUCCAGAAUAUUACGAUGGUUUAUAUGCUGAAAACACUGUUGGAUUUUUUCCAAGUUGCCUCUCGACUGAUAUUCCACUCUCGGGAAAAAGGUCCUUUGAAUGGAAAAUCAAAAUUGAGAAAUGCGCAGUACAUAAUAUUGUGAUUGGAAUUUGUGAUCAAAUAUGUAAUAAAUGUUGUAUUGACAAUAAUCAUGACAAAUUGGGGAAUAGUUGGGGAUUGUGUACCGAUGGUUAUAUCUAUAAGAAUAGAAGUGUUUACACACCUUAUGCAAGGAAAAUCCAGCAAGAUGACACGAUCACGGUUCACCUAAACAUGAUCGAUAAAACCUUGAGAUUUUCUAUCAAUGAUGAACUCCAAUCAAUCAUCAAUGAAUGGAAGGAUGAAAUUCCAUUUAAAGUCUACCCGUUUGCCUCGUUACUCAAGGGCGACAUAAUACAAAUUAAAAGAAACUAA